AUGCUAUUUCUCAGUAACUUCAAACCCAAGAAAUCCAAAACACUAAAGAUGAGAAAGCUUGAAGCUUUGGCUUUAUCUCUGUUUCUUCUGUUCUUAGUCAAAUGGGUCAAUUCUGAUUCUAAAGUUCUUCCUAAUAGAGACCAAUUUCUUAGUUGCAUGUCAACACCUUCUGAUUCAAGCUUCAUCCACAAGCCAGAUUCAAGACUCUACACCAAUUUCUCGCAAUCUUUAUCCCAAAACUACAGAUUCUUGAGCUUGAAUUUCACAAGCCAGAAGCCGAUUAUGAUCGCGACGCCAAGAACCGAAUCAGAAAUCCAGAGAUCAUUACUCUGCAGCAGGAAACUUGGGGUGCAAGUUAGGACUAAAAGUGGUGGUCAUGACUAUGAAGGCCUUUCGUACCUCUCAUCACACUCACCGUUCAUUAUCCUCGAUCUCAUUAAUAUCCGUUCGAUCGAGAUCAACCUCAGGGAUGAAACAGCUUGGGUCGGAGCCGGCGCGACAAUCGGUGAGCUUUACUAUAAAAUUGCUAAAUCGAGCAAGAUCCAUGGCUUCCCUGCAGGAACAUGCCCUAGUGUUGGAGUUGGAGGUCAUUUUAGCGGAGGAGGGUUUGGUGCAAUGAUGAGAAAACACGGUUUAGCCGCAGACAACGUUGUGGACGCGCGUUUUGUAGACGCAAACGGGAGAAUCUACAACGGUAGGAGAGAAAUGGGGGAAGAUUUGUUCUGGGCGAUUAGAGGAGGUGGAGCUGCUAGUUUUGGAGUUGUGCUCUCAUGGAAGGUGAAACUAGUUAGGGUUCCAGAGAAGGUUACUUGCUUCACAAGGUACUUACCGUUAACACAAAACAUGACGAAAGUCGUUCAUAGAUGGCAAUAUAUUGCUGCAGAGCUUGACGAGAAUCUCUUCGUUAGAGUCAUAAUUUACAAAUCCGGAGGAUCAAUUCAAGCUACAUUCCAAGCAAAUUAUCUUGGAGGAAUCGAUAGAUUGAUUCCUUUGAUGAAUCAGAAGUUUCCGGAACUAGGGUUAAGGUCUCAAGACUGUUCAGAAAUGAGCUGGAUCGAUUCGAUAAUGUACUUCAACUGGAAGAAAGGACAGCCACUGGAGACUCUUCUUGAUAGAGAUCAGAGGUACAAUGAUCUGUAUUUCAAAGCAAAAUCUGAUUUUGUCAAGAACCCAAUUCCUGAAACCGGUUUAGAAGGUAUAUGGAAGAGGUUUCACGAUGUCGAAUCUCCGGUUAUGAUAAUGGAGCCAUUAGGUGGUAAAACUUAUGAGAUUGGUGAAACUGAGACUCCAUUUCCACAUAGGAGAGGGAAUUUGUAUAACAUACAGUAUAUGGUGAAAUGGAGAAUGAAGGAAAUUGAAGUAAUGGAGAAACAUGUGAGGUGGAUGAGAUUGCUUUAUAGAUAUAUGAGCGUUUAUGUCUCUGGAUCACCAAGAGGAGCUUAUCUGAAUUACAGAGAUCUUGAUUUGGGUAUGAAUAAAGGGAGUAAUUGUAGCUUUGAUGAGGCAAGAUUAUGGGGGAUGAGGUACUUUGGAUGUAAUUUCAAGAGAUUGGCUAUGGUUAAAGGGAAGAUUGAUCCGACCAAUUUCUUCAGAAAUGAGCAGAGUGUUCCUCCUUUGAUUGUGAGAGAUUGA